AUGUCUUUUUUGGGAAAGGUUGUCCUGGUCACCGGCGCAGCAGGUGGUCUGGGCAAGGCCAUCGCAAAUGCCUUUCUCCAGGCAGGUGCCAGCGUCACGAUAUGUGAUGUCAUGGCGGACGUUCUUCAGAAUACCGUCAAAGAGUUCAAUUCAGCAGGCUUUGGGGACGAUCGGCUCCUUAGCACUGAAACUGAUGUCACCAACGAGGCGGCGAUUGAUCAAGCAUUCACCAGAACGAUUCAGAAGUUUGGCCGCUUGGAUGUUUUGGUCAACAACGCCGGCAUUACAGACAAGUGGCAGCCCGUUGGGUCGUUGGAGCGUUCGCUCUGGGAUCGUGUCAUCGCCAUCAACCUAACCGCACCCUACCUUUUUAGCAAGCGGGCGGUCAAUCAGUUCCUUGCACAGGAACCUUCUGGUGGCGCCAUCAUCAAUAUUGCGUCUAUGGCGGCAAUUAAAGGUUGCCUCGCAGGCGCGGCCUAUGUCUCCAGCAAGUCCGGUCUGGUGGGUCUGACGAAGAACACGGCCGCGGCGUAUAAUAAAAAAAAUAUCCGCGCCGUCGUCUUCCUGCCAGGAGGCAUGAAUACGCGCCUGAUUAAUCAAGCCAAUAACGGUGUGGAUGAGGAGGGCUUCGCAUUGACGAUGAAGGCUGGCGCUGUUGAGCCCAAGAUCUCGGACGUUAAUGACGUGGCCAAGUCCGUGCUCUUCUACGCGGGUGAGCAUGCUUACAUUUCCAAUGGAGCAGUCAUCACGGUGGACGGCGGCUGGUCGGCGUUCUAA